UUUCUAAGAAAGUAGAUGAAUGCUUCCUAUUUGAAUUAUUUACAGAUCAACAACACUGUGAGAAAAGGAGAAGAAACAGAACGCACUUUUGGAUCAAUUUUCCAUUUCUUUGGGAAGACUCUAGCCUUAGAUAUAAUCCAUGGACAUAUUAAUAUUGGCCCAUGCUUGAAGCAAUGUGUUCGAGAUACUUCAUGUGAAUACCGAGCUACCUUUCAAAGGACUUCAAUUUCUCAGUAUAUCACUGGUUCUCUAUUGGAAGCAACUGCGUCUCUGGGUGCAAGAAGUGGCCUUUUAAAUACUUUUGGAGGAUCAGUAGGAAGAACAAUGUUGAAAGAACGUCAACCAUGUACCUCCACAGCCAGUUCAAUCAACUUACCUUCAAAUGUAUCUGGUUUAAGUAACGAGCUCAUAGAACUUCAACACCUCAUUCAGUUCCCUGAAGAAGUGGCUUGUAUUCUGACUGAACAGGAGCAGAAUAUCUACCGACAAGUGCUACCUGUCGACUACCUUUGCUUCUUAACCAGGGACUUGGGAAAUGCUGAAUGCCAGAGUAAACUUCCAUGCCUCAGAGCUACAGUAUCUGCAUCUAUUCUUACCCCCCAGAACAAUGAGCACAGUGCUCUGGAAAACCUUGUAACAAGAUUUAAUGAGGUGAGUUCUUGGGUGACGUGGCUGAUACUCACAGCAGGUACCAUGGAAGAAAAACGGGAAGUCUUCUCAUAUUUAGUACACAUUGCAAAAUGCUGCUGGAAUAUGGGCAACUACAAUGCUGUUAUGGAAUUCUUGGCUGGCCUCAGGUCAAGGAAAGUUUUAAAGAUGUGGCAGUUUAUGGACCAGUCUGAUAUUGAAACCAUGAGAAGCCUGAAGGAUGCAAUGGCCCAACAUGAAUCUUCCUCUGAAUACAAGAAAGUGGUAAACCGGGCUCUGAAUAUCCCUGGCUGUAAAGUGGUUCCUUUCUGUGGUGUCUUUUUAAAGGAGCUCUGUGAAAUUCUAGAUGGAACAUCUGGAUUUAUGAAACUUUGCCCACGAUAUAAUUCACAAGAUGAAACUUUAGAGUUUGUAGCUGAUUACAAUGGACAAGAUAAUUUUUUACAACGAGUAGGACAAGAUGGCUUAAACAACCCAGAGAAAGAAUCCACUGUCAACAGUAUUUUUCAAAUUAUCCGAAGCUGCAAUCGUAGUCUGGAACCUGAAGAAGAAGACAGCUUAAGUGAAGGCGAUGAUUCAAGGAAAAAUUCCUUGAAAGAUAAAACCCGACUACAGUUUGUAAUUGGAGAACUGUCUGAUUCAGAAAGUGAUAUUUUUGAGCAGGCCAAAGAAUGGGAUUUCCAUGGAACGGAAGAAGAGCAGAAAGCAUUCAAGCAUGGCACAGAACUCAUUCCCUGGUAUGUCUUGUCAAUUAGAGCUGAUGUCCAUCAGUUCAUACUCCAAGGAGCCACUGUUAUUCACUAUGACCAGGAUGCACAUCUGUCAGCACGAUGCUUUCUUCGACUUCAACCUGAUAAUAGUACUUUGACCUGGAUCAAACCUACAACUGCCUCACUCGCCAAUACUAAAGCCAAAUUAGGCAUCACAGGAAAUUUAGCUGACCCUGGCAAACUUCAAUCACUUGGCAAUACUGGAUUAAAUGGACUGAUGGAAGGUUUUCUGGAUUUGUUUUCAGUCAAGGCUGUGUACAUGGGACAUCCUGGCAUUGAUAUGCACACUGUGUGUGUUCAGAACAAACUCAGUAACAUGUCCCUCUUAGAGAAUAGUGUGACACUGCUUUAUGGCCUUCAAACUACUGAGAAUAGAUUAUUACACUUUGUGGCACCAAAACAUACUGCUAAAAUGUUGUAUAAUGGAUUAUUAGAAUUAACAAAAGCUGUAAGAAAAAUGAAGAAAUUUCCUGACCAGCGACAGCAGUGGCUAAGGAAGCAAUAUGUCAGCCUCUAUCAGGAGGAUGGAAGAUUUGAAGGUCCAACUUUGGCUCAUGCUAUCGAACUGUUUGGUGGCAGACGUUGGACUACACGAAAUACAAGUCCAGCAACACUUUCUAAAAGUGUGGAGAAACCCAUUGUGCAAAGGAACAACACCCUUGGGAUAAGUGCAAAUAAGAAAAAGAAAAAAAUCCUUAUGAGGGGUGAAAGUGGAGAGGGUACUGAUGAUGAGAUGGCCACACGAAAGGCAAAAAUGCAUAAGGAAUGCCGUGGCCGCAGUGGCUCAGAUCCUCAAGACCUUAAUGAGCAAGAAGAAUCAGAUCAGAAUGUUAUUAUUAGUCCCUGUAAUAAUCUGCCAUCCAGGAGAGCCAAUUCUUUGACUACAGCUGGAUCUCCUAACUUGGCUGCUGGAGCAACUUCACCAGUCAGACCACUUUCCUCUCCUGUAUUGUCACCUUCAAAUAAGAAUCAGCCUAAUACAUGGAGCAGCAGUAGUUGGCAUGGCCGAGUUAAAGGUGGACUGAAGGGAUUUCAAAAUUUCAUGGUUUCAGAUAGUAACAUGAGUUUUGUUGAAUUUGUAGAGCUGUUCAAGUCAUUCAGUGUACGAAGUCGAAAGGACCUCAAGGAUCUUUUUGACAUCUAUGCUGUACCCUGCAGUCGAUCAGGAUCUGAGUCUGUCCCACUCUAUACAAACCUGAGAAUUGAUGAAAAUACCAGUGGCCUUCAGCCUGAUUUAGAUUUGUUAACCAGGAACGUGUCUGACUUGGGCUUGUUCAUUAAGAAUAGGCAACAGUUAUCAGACAACCAGAGGCAGAUAUCUGAUGCCAUCGCAGCUGCUAGUAUUGUGACUAAUGGUUCUGGAAUAGAAAGCACCACGCUUGGUGUCUGUGGGGUUGGCAUAUUACAGCUGAAUGACUUUUUAGUGAAUUGCCAAGGGGAACACUACACUUAUGAUGAGAUCCUCAGCAUUAUCCAGAAAUUCGAGCCUAGUGUGAGUAUGUAUCAGCAAGGUCUAAUGUCAUUUGAAGGAUUUUCCAGGUUUCUGAUGGAUAAAGAUAAUUUUGCUUCCCAAAAUGAUGAAUCACAGGAGAAUGUUAAAGAAUUGCAGUUACCACUCUCCUAUUAUUACAUUGAAUCUUCACACAACACAUACCUCACAGGACAUCAGCUUAAAGGAGAGUCCUCAGUGGAGCUAUAUAGCCAGGUCCUCUUGCAAGGCUGUCGGAGUGUGGAAUUAGACUGUUGGGAUGGUGAUGAUGGAAUGCCAAUUAUCUAUCAUGGACAUACACUUACUACCAAGAUUCCCUUCAAGGAAGUAGUUGAAGCCAUUGAUCGCAGUGCCUUCAUCAACUCUGACUUGCCUAUUAUAAUAUCUAUAGAAAAUCACUGUUCAUUGCCUCAGCAACGAAAAAUGGCAGAAAUUUUCAAGAAUGUAUUUGGAGAAAAACUAGUUGCCAAAUUUUUGUUUGAGAGUGAUUUCUCUGAUGAUCCAAUGCUUCCUUCACCUGACCAACUUAGGAGAAAAGUACUUCUUAAAAACAAAAAACUGAAGGCACAUCAGACUCCAGUGGACAUAUUAAAGCAAAAGGCUCAUCAACUGGCAUCCAUGCAAACACAAAGCAAUAAUGGUGGUAAUGCCAAUCCUAUGUCUGCCAACAAUGAAGAAGAAGAGGAGGAGGAGGAUGAAUAUGAUUAUGACUAUGAAUCUCUUUCUGAUGACAACAUCCUGGAAGACCGGCCUGAAAGUAAGUCAGCAAGUGACAAACUACAGUUUGAGUACAAUGAAGAAAUUCCCAAGAGAAUCAAGAAGGCUGACAGCUCUGUUUGCAACAAGGGAAAGGUUUAUGACAUGGAACUGGGUGAAGAAUUUUAUCUUCCACAGAAUAAAAAAGAGAGUAGACAGAUAGCUCCAGAGCUUUCUGACCUUGUCAUCUACUGCCAAGCUGUAAAAUUUCCAGGAUUGUCAACUUUAAACCCAUCUGGCUCUAACAGAGGAAAAGAAAGGAAAAGCAGGAAGUCCAUUUUUGGCAACAAUCCGGGCAGAUUAAGCCCUGGGGAGACAGCAGCAUAUACCAAAACAUCUGGAAAAAGUCCCUUGGACGGCGUGCGGCAGACCUGGGAAGAAGUCUGUUCUCUCAGCACAGCUCCGUCCCUCAGUGCCAUCAUCAGGACCCCCAGGUGCUACCACAUCUCCUCCCUGAACGAGAAUGCGGCCAAGCGGCUGUGCCGCCGGUACUCUCGGAAGCUGAUUCAGCACACCGCCUGCCAGCUGCUGAGAACCUACCCUGCCGCCACUCGCAUUGACUCCUCCAACCCCAAUCCCCUCCUGUUCUGGCUGCACGGGAUACAGCUGGUGGCACUCAACUACCAAACAGACGAUCUCCCCUUACACCUAAACACAGCAAUGUUUGAAGCUAAUGGUGGCUGUGGCUAUGUUUUGAAACCCCCUGUUUUAUGGGACAAGAAUUGUGCUAUGUACCAGCAGUUUUCUCCACUGGAAAGAGAUAUGGAAAACAUGGAACCUGCUCUCUAUUCUUUAACUAUUGUCUCUGGUCAGAAUGUGUGUCCUAGUAACAGUACAGGAAGUCCAUGUAUUGAAAUCGAUGUCCUGGGAAUGCCUCUGGAUAGCUGCCAUUUCCGCACUAAACCCAUUCAUCGAAAUACUCUUAACCCCAUGUGGAACGAACAGUUUCUCUUCCGAGUUCAUUUUGAAGAUCUUGUAUUUCUUCGUUUUGCGGUUGUUGAAAACAACAGUUCAGCUGUAACUGCCCAAAGAAUCAUUCCACUGAAGGCUUUAAAAAGAGGAUAUCGGCAUCUUCAGCUGAGAAACCUCCAUAAUGAAGUCUUAGAAAUCUCUAGCUUGUUCAUAAACAGCAGGAGGAUGGAAGAGCAUUCCAGUGGCAGUGCUGUGGCAGCAUCUUUGAUGUUCAGCACAGAAGAAAGAAAAGGUCUGAUGACAUACAAGGUCACAGUACAUGGGAUUCCAGGUCCUGAGCCUUUUGCCAUUUUCAUUAUAAAUAAAGAAAUUAAAGCAAAGCAGCUUCUUCACCAAAUUUUGACUGCUUCACAAAACUCCAUACCAGUCACUCCGGACUGUUUUUUAAUGGAAGAAAAAUAUUUUAUAUCUAAAGAAAAAAAUGACUUCAGGAAACAACCAUUCCAGAGAAUAAUCGGUCCAGAAGAAGAGAUUGUGCAGAUUUUGAACAGCUGGUUCCCAGAAGAAGGUUAUGUUGGAAGGAUUAUUUUUAAAAUCCAGGAGGAACGCCCAGAAGAGAAGAACAUCUUCCAAGAAGAGAAGGAGGUGAUGCUGAGCUCAGAAGAUGAAAGCUUCUUUGUACAAGUCCAUGAUGUUUCUCCCGAGCAGCCCCGAACAGUCAUCAAAGCUCCCCGAGUCAGCACUGCCCAGGAGGUCAUCCAGCAGACUCUAUGCAAAGCAAAAUAUUCUUACAGCAUUUUGAGCAAUCCCAACCCGAGUGACUACGUGCUCCUAGAGGAGGUACUAAAGGAACCUGCUAGCAAGAAGUCUUCAACACCCAAGUCUUCUCAGAGAGUUCUCGGGGACCAGGAGUGUGUGUUCCAGGCUCAAAGCAGGUGGAAGGGAGCCGGGAAAUUUAUCCUUAAGCUAAAAGAGCAGGUUCAGGCAGCUCGAGAUGAUAAAAAGAAAGGCAUUUCCUUUGCUAAUGAACUUAAGAAAUUUGCCAAGUCUAGCAAGCAGUAUCGAGGAUUCACCUCACCUUCUCAGCUUUCAAUAGCAGAAAGUGUCCAGAUGAAGGAAGAAAAAUCUGUGGGCAGCUUCUCUUCUGAGACGACAGACCAUCACCCAUGAUCACCUUCGGUGUGAUCCAUGCAGGUGCAGUGCCCUUCCUACAUGGAAAAACAAAAUCAAGAAGCAGACAGCUGGAAGUGCGUGGACAGUUUCUGAGUGGAGAUCUUCUUCUAGAGACAGCGUGAGGUUCUUGCUGCCCGGCCCACCUCCAUCUUCCCGAGGACACCAUGUGCAGGUCAGCAGGACGCCUGCACCUGUGCCCCGGGUUACACAUCGUGGAGAAAGGGCUCGGCUCCUUCCACUUCCCUUGUGCAGAGAAGUGAAUUUAGAGAAUGCCAGUGGCUAUCACGGUACAUCGUGGACUCGCUGACGUUGCUGGACAUUGCAGAUGUGCACCCAGCUUUUAGAAGGAGAUUCCUGUAGCAAACAGCCUUUGCAGAAGGCUGGAAUCAGCGGUCCAAGGCCGCCACAGCGAGCCUGGAUUCCCCGCAUGGCGGAUCUCUCGGUCUCGGUCAAGGUUCCUUCUCUGUGUUGGAGGGAGCGACAAAUACGUUCGGGUACAUUUUGCUGAAUGUAUCACCGCUCCAUUCCCUCUCUUUCUAGUUUAUUCUCACAAAAUCUCUGAUAGUGUAUAACACUAAUUUAAUGUAUCUACUGACCUCCUGACAAAAGGAACUUAAAUUUUUAGCAAAACUAGUUUUUCAAGUCUGUGUUUAAAGUAAAAUUAUUUAUUUUCUUGACCCAAGGUAUGUACUGACACUGUAGUGAUAUAUUUAUUAUUCGUGAGUUUUUGUAUCUCUCAUAUUAGAAGAGUAUUAUUUAGGGAUUGUUAAAAAGUUUCCUAAUAAGAAAAACCAUAUUCUGAACAUUUGAAAUUGGCUAAAACAUAAGGCAGAGUUUUGAUGCCACUUGGGACAACAUAACAAACAUUUUUCCGUGGCAAUUUUGACCAUUUUGACAUAGAACAUCAGCAAAACAUGACUUUUUUUUUUAACUCCAGGAAGAGAAAAUCAAAGGUAGAGCUUGACCUUUGUGCAAGCUGUCAAACAGAAAUUUGUAUAAUUUUGCUUUUUCUAUUAAUUCCAUUCUAAUUUAAAAGUGUCCCCACAGGGAAAAAAAGGGGGAGAAAGGGGGGUGAUGUCAUUAAAAUGAUGCUUAAGAAUCUAAUCUCAUCCAAGUGCUCUGCUCAUCCAAGUGUCAGACCUCAGUGUAAUGUCCAUGUGUUUAAUUCUCUGCAGUAAUCCUUCCAAGAGACCGGGACAGUCCACUGAGAGUGCCUGGGUCCUCCCCACAUUCAUCUGAAGGGCAAAUGUUAGCUAAACGUCUCAGUCACAGCUGAAUGCCCCCUUGUAGGUCAUCCACCCUGACUCCAUAAACUGUGAGGGCUCAAGCAGCCAAACCAUUUCCGUGCCUGUGAAGAUAACAGCAGUUCCUACUUACAUAACGCUCUUCUCAUAAUCCUGUCAGGAAGCGACAGGUCUGUUAUCCUCAUUUGUAGGCAGUGGAAACCAUGAGUCAGAUGCAGGGGGAGGGCAGGGAGAACAGGAGUCCGCAGUCACACCAGGACCAGCUAUUUCCCCCUUCAGCUGAGACCCCUGCCCCCCCCCCAAAAAAAAAAAAAAAAGGAAAAUUAGUUUUUCCCAAGCUUCUCUUUUAGAAAUUAAAUUAUUUAUGGAUCCAAGAUACAUGGUGACACUGUAGUAAUAACGUUUAUUACAUAUGACUUGAUUCUGGGGGACAGAACUAACUAUAUUAGUUCAUUAGUAAUAGUCACAUCAGAUGUUCAUAACAAAAAAAAAAGGGGGGGGGGACACUACUUAUUUCUUAAA